AUGUCGCAAAAAUCAGUUAAAGGUCGAGUGAUUGCUGAUAUGUUAGCAGAUUGCCCUAAAGAAGUACGCGAUGAUCAUUCCCCAGAUGACCGAAUUUCAACAGUAGAAGAGGACACAUGGACUAUGUUCUUUGACGGAGCUGUAAAUUUGUCAAGUUCAGGCACUGGGGCGGUCUUGAUAUCCCCAAAUGGGCAACAUUAUCCUGUGGCUGCAAAAUUGAUGUUUCCAUGCACCAACAAUAUAGCCGAAUAUGAAGCAUGCAUCCUCGGCCUACAAGCAGCUAUUGGAAUGGAAGUGUUAAAACUAAAAGUGUUCGGUGACUCCACCUUAAUUAUUCUCCAGACUGUGGGCGAGUGGAAGACAAGAGACGCCAAACUAGUGCCUUAUCACGACUAUUUGGAAGAAUUGGUAGGAGAAUUCCAGACAUCUCGUUUGAAUACCUACCUAGAAUUCAUAACCAGUUGUUUCGAUGCACUAGCAACACUAUCAUCUAUGUUACAAGUAACAAAGGGGUUAGAAGUAGAGCCUUUGAAGAUUGAAGUCCCGACAAGACAGCCCACCGCAUGA